CGGGGUGGGGGUGGGGAAAAGGAGCUGAGAAGUCAGGGAAAGGGAGGCCGGACGCGCCGAAGAGGGUUGAGGGCGGAGUCGCAGCUACGGCGUGGAGACAGGGAGUCGGGCCCCGGGCCGCCACCGCCACCUCGGCCGCUGCCGCCGCCAUCGCUUUCAUCCCCAUCCCCCGCCAUGGCCGAGGAGCUCUCUGCGGCCACGUCCUACACCGAAGAUGAUUUCUACUGCCCUGUCUGUCAGGAGGUGCUCAAAACGCCCGUGCGGACCGCGGCCUGUCAGCACGUUUUCUGUAGAAAAUGUUUCCUGACUGCAAUGAGAGAAAGCGGAAUACAUUGUCCCCUCUGUCGUGGAAAUGUGACUAGAAGAGAGAGAGCAUGUCCUGAACGAGCCUUAGACCUUGAAAAUAUCAUGAGGAAGUUUUCUGGUAGUUGCAGAUGCUGUGCAAAACAGAUUAAAUUCUAUCGUAUGAGACAUCAUUACAAAUCUUGUAAGAAGUAUCAAGAUGAAUACGGUGUUUCCUCUAUCAUUCCAAACUUUCAGAUCUCUCAAGAUUCAGUAGGGAACAGUAAUAGGAGUGAAACAUCCACAUCUGACAACACAGAAACUUACCAAGAGAAUACAAGUUCUUCUGGACAUCCCACUUUUAAGUGUCCCUUGUGUCAAGAAUCAAAUUUUACCAGACAGCGUUUACUGGACCACUGUAACAGUAAUCACCUAUUUCAGAUAGUUCCUGUGACAUGUCCUAUUUGUGUGUCUCUUCCUUGGGGAGAUCCUAGCCAGAUUACUAGAAAUUUCGUUAGUCAUCUAAAUCAAAGACAUCAGUUUGAUUAUGGAGAAUUUGUGAAUCUUCAGCUAGAUGAGGAAACCCAAUAUCAAACUGCUGUUGAAGAAUCUUUUCAAGUAAACAUCUGAAGGCUGUAGACAUCUCUGCAUCUUUGUACCUGCAAGUGCCAUCUUUAAGGAGAAAACUACAUGAAGUCACCAUUUCAGUAACUUGAUGUGUAUAUUAAUAAAAGUAAUCCAGUCUAUUGUUUUAGAUUUUCAAUUGAAAAAUAAAGGUGGGCCAUCUAAAAACUUCAUCCUCUUGAUAAGUUAGGACAUUCUCUUUAAAGGCAUUAAAAGGGUUAUAUUUCAUUAAUAUAAUGGUGAAAGGGAAUCCCUGCUGUACUUUAUCUUCUUUAUAGUACAUAUUCUUGAUUUUUUUCCUUAUGUUGCUUUUGAAAUUUGGUGCAACUCCUCCCACUGACAAUAUUGUACACAGGUAACUCAGUGGCAAAUUCUGAAAAAUGUGAUUGAUAUAAACCUAACAAAUCUGAGCCAGUUUUCUGAGUUGCAGAAUGGAGACUUGAAGUGCUAAAUGAAACAAUCCAAAGGAAACUUUUUAAUACAGAUUCUAGCCGAAGAAUUCAACUAUAAUAAAAUUGUAUUUAUAUAAUGUUUAGUAUUUUUGAAGACUAGUGAGAUUUCUUUAAUAAUUUUAACUCUUUAAAAAGUAAAAGCUCAUUGUAUGGAUAUUUCCUUUUUGCUAUUAGAAGGAGAUAUUAAGAGAAAAACUUAUUUCUUUGUCAUACAGUUGGUAAUUUCAAUUCUUGUUUGUUUGGCUGACUAAUUUGUAAGCCUAAAGUGUAGUAAGCUGAAUUACAGCUCUUUGGCCUCAGAAUUUUCAAUAGCCAGAAUUCCUGGUUAUCUGAGAAGACUCUUUUAUUAGAUACUUUCAGUUGGUGACAUUACAUUCAACAUAUAUAUUUAAAUGAGAGAUUCAACUUCAUCUCAUUCUAGAAAUUCAUUCAAAGCUAAAGAUUAUAUGUAUAUAUUCAUACACUCUUGUAUGUGUAUAUACACACACACAUAUGCAUGCAGUUUGUCAGGUUAUAUGCAGAAAUUCUAUUAAAUUUUUUUAAAUGGACAAGCAAUAUGGGGUUGAUGUAUUUAUCUGAUUUGUUUAAAAUUUUGUAUAUCACCAAAUUUUUAAAGUAAGUCAAAUACUGGGUCAUCCAGUUGGCUACUAUUACACCUUAAAAAUUGAGUUUACACAAUUACCUGUUUAUAUGGUGCUCAUUUGUUAUCUUAAAGAUAAUAUGUGACUGUAGUAGUGAUAUUGAUUCUACCAGCACUCUGUUUCACUACUUUUUAGUCAAAACUGGGUUUGUUCAUAGUAUUCUUUAAUGCGAAUCAUAAAAUAACUUGUACUAGAAGGCCCAAAUCACAGAAUAAAAGAUGAAGAGUGGAUUAGCUGACAUUCCAAACUAAUAUACAUUGUUUAUGCUUUCUUUAAAAUAACUGAAAGAACAUAAAAUCUCAGAAGUAGUUUGCUGCUAAUAUAUACAUAUAUUGUAUAAAAAGGUAUAUUUUGGUUUUGUUAAAACCCUUGUUGACUUUUCUACAGUGAACAUUUUUUUAACUUGAUUUAAUAAAAAUGUUAAUUUUGGAAGUGGAGUUUUGUAAAAAACCUUUUUCACUCAAACUGUAGUGACUUUAUUUAUGGGUAAUAAUAACAGUCACCAAAAAAGCCAUACAUCCUAACAUAUGCCUUGGUUCUGUCAUUCGAAAGAGUGAUGUUUACUAUGUGCUAAAACAUUUCUCUGCAGUUACAUGAAUGUAAUUGUAAGAAUAGCUGUUUAAUGAACUCUUUAAAAAAAAAAAGAAUUUUGACCAUAGGCUUUUGCAGUUUAAAGCAAUAACUUCAGUACUUUCUUUCGAAAUUGAGUACUUUCAGUAUGUCAAGCCAUUCUGAGAUUUGAGAACUUUAAAGAAAAAUUGAUGAAAUUGUGUUUUGAAGUUUAUGGAUUGGUUAAGUAUCAUUUAUAGUCUUGUAUGUCUUUCAUAUAACUUUUUCCACAAGGAAAAUACUGACUUUAUUUGCUGUUACCUGGGAGCUCCUCAAUAUGGAAAUGUUUGUUUAAAACCUCCCAUCCUUUUGUCAGUAGAUUAGGAAUAGGGAUUGACUUUACAGACACAUUUUAAAUUCAUGAGAAAGUCUUUGUUUUAAAGAUGCAUAUGGCUGAGUCAGGAUAAAGAAGGGAAACUAUUGAUACUCUACCCUAAUUUCACAAUACUACUUAUAGGAAAGCUAUUACCCUCAACAAAUUACAGUUUAUGUUGUUAAACAAAGUCUUAUUUGAGAUGUAUUGCUUUAUUUUUCAAUUAAAUGUGGUUUUCUCCUACUUGUGUGUCUAAUUAAAAUUUUGUCUAGAGGCAAACAUGAUAACAUUUAACUCUCAUAACUCAUCCUGGAAGACAUGUAGGAGAUAACCCAUUAUUUUGCACUUUGAAAAGUGGAUAGGCGAUAGCACCACAUGCUGAUAAACCUCUUUUAUCUUUAUUUCAAAUGUUAAUCAACUUAUAAAGCAUUUUGUCAAGUGUUCACACAGCAGGAUUUUCAAGCCCUGCUAGCAACCAGGCAGAAAGCUAGUUAACUGGUUAAUAGACUCUUUUUUAUUGGCCAUGCCCACAGCAUGUGGAAGUUCCUCAGCCAGGGAUCAAACCCAUGCCACAUCAGCAGCCUGUGCUGCUGCAGUGACAAGCCAGAUCUUUAACUUGAUAUGCCACAAGGGAAGUCAACAGACAUUUUAAAAGGGAAAAGUUACCCAUAAAUUAGCUAUCAGAGUUAUAAGAAUAUGUAUGUCAAAUACAAAUGUCAUAUAACUUGUGUGCCUAAAAAGUAUUAAUUAGUCUUCAGUGAAUCAUAACUUUAUUGGAACCCCUUAGGGCUGUCACUCAGAGGAUAAACCCUUUGUGGAGGUGGUGACAUUUGUAGAAAAGGUGUGAGACAGGAUACAUGUAAAUAUGUGUAGAGUAAUAUGAAUAAAGUACUCAUUCUGUGAUAUCACGUAGUAUGCAAUACAGUUUUUGAAUUAUGCAGUACAAUUCUGAGUAAGGUGGGAAAUAGAAAUGAGUUAUAUCAAGAGAUUAAAAGAGGAUAAAGGGACCUCUAGAAAAUGUGUUACUUCCUGCCCACCGCACAUUAAGUGCCCAGUCCUGGUCCUAAGAGAUGGGAGAGUCACUGCGCUGUCUCUCACCCCUGGAGUAAGGAAGAUAAAUGUGUGUAUUUUAUUAUGUACUUGAUUGGCAAACUUGCAUUAAUUAAACGAUACCAUAAAAUUU